AUGGAAGAUUUCUACUUUAACUCACUGGACCAAAGCUUUGAUUACAGCGACAUCACCUCCAACUCCGAGAAUAACAUCACCUUUAACUACAAUGAUGUCAAUUUCAUCCUGUAUGUGGUGACAUACAUAAUCAUUGCUGUCGGCCUUCCUCUGACCCUCGUGGCCAUCUGUGCUCUUUAUUCUAUGGUGAGAAGUGAUCAUGUUGCUCCCAUCUACCUCAUCAACCUUCUCAUUGCUGACCUGAUUCAGCUCUGCUGCAUGAUCGGCUACGCGACACAAAGUUUGGAUGAGAAGAUAACUGAAAUCUUCAUAUGUAUUUACUUCUCUGCUCUUUUUACCAGUGUUGGCUUCAUGGUCUGCAUCGCCCUGGAAAGGUAUUUGGUCAUCGCCCACCCGCUGUGGUACCGCUGCAGACGAACCGUCAAGACCUCUGUGGUGGUCUGUGUUGUGGUUUGGGUUGUUCCUAUAGUCUAUGCUGUUCUUUUCUAUUUCUAUUAUAAUGAAGAGGUUGUUGCCACAAUCCCCCCUGCCCUGCUCCUCCUUCCCUUCCCACUGUUAAUCUUCUUCCUGGUUGGGACCCUCAAAGCCCUGUCUGCUUCCACCUCAGUCUCCCCUGAUGAAAAACGACGAAUUGUGGGAAUUUUGGUUCUGGUGCUGCUUAUUUACACUCUGCUGUUCCUGCCCAGCAUCAUAGUCUACCUGGAUGUAAACCGUGACGGGACCAAUUUGAUUCUGUCUCUUACAAUUGUUAGGUUCAGUCCUCUUGCAGACUUAGUCCUGUAUGUCUUCAUGAGGAAAGGGUUCAUAGACAAGCUUUUGGCCUCUGUGUGUUGCUGCAGAAUGGACAGCAAUGAUAUCAGCAGUCCAUCAGUAUGAAUGAUGACAACAUUUCCACAGUCAGCUUCAUGUAGGCAGAGAAAGAGGGAGAGAGAGAAAGGGGAGGAAACAGGAGGAGAAAUGGAGGCCAAUAGAAAGGAUAGAGACGAGACAGAUCCUGUCAUCUACUGAGACCAUUUCCAAUAAGACACCUAACUGUAGAGAACAGGAAGCACUGUUUGGACUCUGCUGUGGGAGAAGUGGCUGCUGGGAAAUGUUUUGGUCAACUUGCUCUGGUUCACUGUG